AUGUAUCGGAGAAAAAAAGAAAUGAAUGAUUUACAAAAUGAUGAUGGAAUUACUACCACUGCCGCCGCUGAUAGCACAAUAAAUGCGACAAAUGGUCAGCAGUUUGUAAGAUUUCAACAACAAAAACAGCAACGUCAUACGAAAAAACGUGAUUCCCAAUUAGUUGUUAUGUUAUUAGCUGAAAUAAUUGCUUAUCUAAUAUCAACAUUUUUAUUUCCCACAAAUGAUCUAUAUCAAACAGUAACCAGUCAUGUACAAAAAUCUGUUGAACGUCAACAAAUUGAAACAUUCAUUACUUACAUUGCUCGGCCUUAUUUGAUUGUCCUAAAUGCAUGUUCAACGUUUUUCGUUUGGUUUGCUGCAUCGAAAAAAUUUAGAAAUGACUUUAAACAAUAUUUACACUAUUAUCGAAAACGAUAG